AGUAUUUCUGAAGUUACACAAAAUGCUUAAGUCUUUGGUUCUUAUAAGUUUGAGUUUUGGGAGCUAAAAGGGGAAAAUGCUCUGGGAACUGCUUUAGGUUGUUGAAUAUUUGAUGGGCUUUGGUAUUUAAGUUUCCUUUUCUCUUUGUCGGGAACUUAUCAUUUUGUACAAUGCAAAUAUGACACUAGCAAAAGAUAGGAACCUCAUCCAUCUCUACCCUUUAUUGCUCUUCUGGAAAAUUCCCUUGACUUCCUAAGUGAACAACAAUGCAGUAUUUGCCAUAAUGUGUGUGGUUCAUUCAUUUCCAUCUCCAACAAUAAACCAUCAUUCUUCCUCUGUCAUUUUAAUCCUUAAAACCAUCAUUCUAUGUUAGAUGUUUCUUCUCCACUCUGAGUCAUCUCACCUCUGAAAUCCUUGCUGUCAUUUAAAUUUUUGGCAAGCAGCAGCCGUGUAUUUGGAUCUUGGAUGAGAACUAGAUCCUUUUCUGCAAUCAUCAGCAAUCAUGCUACCAUUUCUCACUGGUGUGAAUGAUGUGGGACCUGUGAACGUAAAGAUUUUAAAAUGGUGAGCAUGAGAAGGACAAAGUUAGACAUCAGGAAAUCCUCUUGCUACACUUGAACGUUAAAGGGAACGAAUAAUAAACAAGAUUAAAAGCCAGACAUGUUCUCCCUGUUUCAUGGACUUUGGAAGUAUCUCUUCAGUAAGGCAGAGUUUCAUGUUCUUAUUCUUGGAAUUGACAAGGCUGGGAAAACAACUUUACUAGAGAAGUUGAAGGCCCUAUACACGAACUUGGAAGGUCUCCCCCCUGAUCGAAUUGUUCCAACUGUGGGACUCAAUAUUGGUCGUGUUGAAUUGUCAAAUACAAAACUUGUAUUCUGGGACCUGGGAGGUCAGCCCAGUCUUCGCUCAAUUUGGGAGAAAUAUUAUGAAGAGGCACAUGCUGUGGUAUUUGUAAUUGAUGCUUCUUGCCCGUUGCGUUUUGAAGAUUCAAAAUCAGCAUUGGGUAAAAAAGUUAUCCGGCAUGAGGAUUUGCAAGGAGCUCCACUUUUAAUACUGGCAAACAAGCAGGAUCUUGACAAUGCUGCAUCUUCUGACGAAUUAGCUCGGUAUCUAGAUCUCAAAAAUUUGGAUGAAAGGAUUUACAUGUUUGAAGCUGUUUCAACAUUUGAUGGGAUGGGGAUUAAAGAGAGCAUGGACUGGCUGGUGGAGGUUAUGGAGAGAAGCAAGAGAACCGAAAUGUUGAGAGUUCGUGCAGGCGUGACAGGCCCAGCAUCUGCUUAGAAAAAUACUAAAUCAACUCAGCUUGUGUCUUUCACUGCUUCCGAAACUUGUGUAGAGAACCAGAGGUUGAGCUUUUAUCUUGCAUGAUUAAAACUUAAAAUCUUUUACACACAUCUUUGGCUAAGUAUUACGCCUUCUGGUAUAAUUUUAUGUGAAAUUGCUUAUGAAAAAAUAAUUCUGGGUGAAAAUUGAGUCAAUAUUCCUUUCUGUGAACUACCUUGUUUGGGGUAUUUCUGGGUUUCCGCAGAAACCGAUUGGGAAACAAGAAAAUUCAGUUAUAAAUUUAUAAUAGCAGAAGAAUUUGUGCA